AUGCAUGGAAUGGAUCCGUUACGGAUUGGUGUCGCCAUAGGACAUGGAACAGGUCCAGAGCUCGCAACGGUGUUUGAACAUGUCGUGCGGGAACUGGCAUCUCGUUAUUCUCUAGGAGUCGAGUUUGUCCGCUCCGACAGGAUUUAUCAUUCUUAUAACUCCCUUCCCCUUGCAGAUGAGAGCCAAAAUGCAACACCUGAUAUCUGCGAUGAAACCGUAAAUGACAUCACACAUUAUCAACAAUUUUGUGAACAAGAAGCCAGUCGAGGGCUCAAAGUCAUAUUUCGAACCGCAAUAAGCGCCCAAUCCCUGUAUGCAGUGCGCCAGCAGCUUGAAGCUGUCAAGGUUGAGUGCUUUGACCGUGGAACCUCGUCCCUUCUAGUCAUUCGAGACCAGGCACAAGGGUUCUAUACUGGGACAAAUAAACUCGAAAGUGAUCAAGAUUCGGUGUCGAGAGUAUGCCAUUUCCGCAAAGGGGUGUUCCAACAUAUCAUCGCGUUCUCCUUGGAGCGUGCUAGAGAAAAAUGGGGCUACGAUCUUGGAGGGAUAAAGUCCGUAUUUCUGGUGUACAAAUUCCAUCUUUUUGAUGGGCUAUUGUUGUCCUGGGCCCGGGAUUGGACGAAAGAAUUUGGUAUCAAGGUGGAGUUUAUACAGCCGGACACGAUGAAUAGGAAUUUGAUCGCGUUCGGUGUGCACCGCUGCCUCAUGAUAGCGGGUAAUGAAUAUGCGGAUAUCAUGCAAACAAUCUUCCUUGAGAAGUUCAAUAUGCGGGUUCAAGAAACCUCCUGCUCUGAGAAUGUCUACUUGAAACCAGUAUUGAACCGGCUGAGCGAGUAUCAAACUACUCACGGCUCAGCAGAUGAUAUCACGGGAAAAGGAAUAGUAAAUCCAUCCGCCACCAUACGUGCUGCUGCGGCCAUCCUUGAACGCUUUGGUGGUUGCGUUGGUAUUGAUGCAAAAGUCGAUGACACUUUGAAUAUCCUACAGAAGAACAAAUCAGGUACACCAGACCAAGGAGGCAAUCUCACCACGGCCGCGUUUGUCGACGUAUUUCUCCGGACUCUCCCCAGCCCAAGCGUUGGUUCGCCUACUAUGAGCGAAUUUUCGCAGUCAUCCUCUCUUGCCGAUGGCUCCACAGAAAUGUAUCAAUCGCCUGACUUUUCCGCAGCCUUUAUGGGGAAGCCGACAGCUGUGGUGGUAAUAGAUUUUCAAAACGAUUUCAUUUCAUUGGGGGACCCAGCAACUAUGAGCCACAUCACGGAUGCACUUGUUCGUGUCCUCGCUUUUUCCAGAUCUCAUGCUCAAGACGUUGUCUUCAUCCAGCAUCUAGGGGACUCACGAUAUCAAAAUGCUAGCUGGCAGCACCGAAACCGUGUUCAGAACCGCAAAGAACUCUGCGUAGAGGGAACUUGGGGAGCACAAUUGUCCCCUGCUCUCUCACCGGCGCCCGGAGAACAUAUAUUCUAUAAGAAAGCUCAGUUUGACGCAUUCCAAAGCCCAGAGUUCGAAAAGUAUAUUUCCGAGAAAGGAAUCGAACAUAUCAUUCUCGUGGGCUUGUAUGCAGAUAUUUGCAUUGACGCGACAGCCAAGGCAGCAUUCCAGAGAGGCUUAUGGACUACUGUCGUCCAGGAUUGUACGACAGCGCUUCACUUGAAGAACGAAGAUAUUUUGGGGUACAUGCAGAAGGUUUAUGGUGCUAGAGUUGUGGAAAGUGAAAAACUCCUGAGAAUGCAUGCAUAA